GAGGGGGCGGAGGCGGAACUGAACCAGAACCAAACUUUUCUGGUUUAUACGAAUGUGAUAAGGCUGUGAACGCUGUUAUGUUAUUCAAGUCACUAGUAGGGAGUGCCUGCACUCUAAUAGGAGCUGCAACAGCCUUAAAAUUUGCACCUGUGGAAGUCAAGGCCCAGGCAGCUGCCCUCCUUCACAGCGCAGUGAGGAAGACCUCCCUGGUGGAACAAGCAAACAUGAGGGUUGAACUUCUCCCAGCUCUCAGUGACAACUACAUGUACCUCCUGAUUGAUGUGGAAUCCAGGGAAGCAGCUAUUGUUGAUCCAGUGGAGCCAAUUAAGGUUGUGGAGGCUGUUAGAAAACAUGGCGUAAAACUCACAACAAUCCUGACCACUCAUCACCACUGGGAUCAUGCAAGUGGAAAUGAGAAGAUGGUGAAGCUAAUGCCAGGGUUAAAGGUCUAUGGAGGAGAUGACAGAGUUGAUGCUAUUACAAAGAAAGUUUCUCAUUCCCACAGUUUCAAACUUGGAUCACUCAGUGUCAAAUGCCUGUUCACACCAUGUCACACAACCGGUCACAUCUGCUACUACGUGACAAAAGAAAACAGCACUGAGCCACCAGCUGUUUUCACAGGAGACACGCUUUUUGUGGCUGGUUGUGGUAAAUUCUUCGAGGGUACAGCAGAGCAGAUGUACAAAGCCUUGAUAGAAAUCCUGGGACGGUUGCCUCCUGAAACACGCGUUUUCUGCGGUCAUGAGUACACCGUCAGCAAUCUGAAAUUUGCACGUCAUGUGGAACCAGACAAUGAAGUCAUUCAGAAGAAGCUAGCAUGGGCAAAGGAGAAAUGUAGCAACGGCGAAGCUACUAUUCCGUCCACUUUGGCAGAAGAAUUCACGUUUAACCCCUUUAUGAGAGUAAAAGAGAAGUCCGUCCAAGAUCAUGUAAAGCAGACAGACCCAAUUGAAACCAUGAGAAGUCUCCGGAAAGAAAAAGAUGGCUUCCGGGUGCCCAAGGAGUGACACCCCGUUCACUGGUGCUGACUGUUUUUCAACAACUGCUUAUAACACUGCAAAUUAUUAUACUAAAAAAAUGAUCUGCAACUAUCUUCAAAGCCAUCCGAAAUAGGCCUGCUACUUCCACUCUUUGUCAAGUAUACAGUCUUUAGCACUACAUUUAGCUCAAAUAUGGCUAUAAGUCUUUGUUUUAAUUGUAUUUAGUUUGUCUGGCUGAUGUUUGUCUGACAGUUUUAAGGAAUAUAUGGCCAUUAAUUGAAUGCACUAAAUGAGAAAUAAGUUUGUUAAUCUGUAAAUGAGAGUUUUAGAGUGUAUUUAGUAUUAUGUUGUAAUAUAUUGAUGUACAAACAACUACUGUUUCAUUCGGUGUUUAAAUUCGAAACCUUUAACAAGACAGGGAGCCACUUGAGUAACAAAUGAGAAAAUGUGUAAAAUUCCUGUAAAUUGAUAAAGUAAUUUCUUUUCUGUAAAGAUUUGCAUGAAUGUUUUCUUCUGGCCUGGAUAUGUUAACUCCUGCCAUUUUGUUUCAUAUUUGUUUGAAAGCUGUUUGCUUGGUUGUUUAUUAUGGAUAAUUCAGCAUAAGGGCUUUUUAUUUCUUCCUUCUUUUAAAAGCACCCUGUGAGCACAGCAUUAUCUACAACAUUGGUGUAUCAGCAUUAAAUGUUAGAUGGCCUGGA